CUUCCAUCAUCCCUAUGUUCUACAGUCACUGUCAGAGAGAAAGACAUGGAGCAGCAGGCAAAAGAAGAGCUUGAAAUGCUGGAAUCCCUCUACCCCAAUCGGUUCCAGUAUUUGAAGCUCGAACUCAAGUCCUUCAUUUCUCAACAUCAUCAUCAUACCCCCGAACCUUCCUCCUUCCUCUCAUCCAUCGCUGAUACUCAAGCAGAAUCGAGCAGCUUGAAUCAGAGGAAGAGGAAGAACAAGAGCACUGCUGGUGAAGAUUCCGAGUAUUGUGAUCAGCAGGAAGAGUGUUACGGGUCGGUGAAGAAGAUGAAGAAGAAAAAAGAUAGGGUGGAUUUGGUUCUGGAGAGAGCAGAGGCUUGUCUCAGGAAAAUACGACAGUUCAAGGCAUCCUUGCUAUCGGACUUGUGAAACUUUAAAAUAUAGUGUUUUUUGUUUGUGGAGUGUGUAAUCUGCUGAUGGGUUUAGUGAAUCUGGUUCUAGUUGGGGCUCUUCAUCUUCGUUUGGAAAUCACACGGCCGAUACAAGUUUUUGGCUUCCUCAGAGACUCUGUUAGUCUCGAAAAGGUUAUUGUAACGCAACGGUUAUUAUCUUUGAAUCCUUUUGUGUCAUUAUUUGUG